CACAUCUACGUCAACAGAAAAGAAAGGACCGAUCGCGAACAGAUACCCGAGCAAGUUUUGGCUUUAGAAAUCGAACGGAGCUGUUCUUUUAUUAAACGUGUCACUCUUGGCAAGUAGACAAAAUCGCUAUGUCCUAUCAGUGGGAAGUUGUCGGAGGAGGUAAAAAGGCCAAGGCGGUGAACGGUCAACAGAACAAUAAAUUGACGAAGAGCGAGAAGAAAAAAUUUGUCGAGAAUGCCCCAAAGGCCGAAGACAUACUGCCCUUGGUCGAGGUGCAAACUCUAUACUCCAAAUUGGACAGGAAGAAGAAGCCCAGCCGUGAUGAUUCCUCAGAGAGCAAGCAGAAUAAUCAGACCGGCAAUGGUAAAUCAGCAGGAAAGGCGCAGCCUGAGGCGACCAAGCCACCGGCUGCAAAGUCCAAGAAGCAGACUCCUUCUCCUGCAAAAUCUGUCAAGGAAGAGUCUCCUGAACAAAAAGCUAGGAAAGCUCUUAAAAGUGUGGACGUGUCGGAAAUCAGUGCCUUGGUUGAGUCGGGCAAGCAGCAAUACGAAGAGGAACCUUCAGUUUGGCUUCGGUUUUUGGCCUCUAGCCUGACCUCAAAACUUACUCCUGUGGUUUGGAGCUACUUGAACAUCGAAGAUUUAAAAUCGUCCAUUCUGGAGCUCUGUCCAGGAGAACUGAAAAAAAUGCUCACUUCGAUUGUCAAAGAGCUGGAUCCUUUGAUUCAACAAGCCUUUUACGAGAACUGUCUCAGUGCCAUCGCAAAUGACAUAAGCAAAGAGCUGAAAGUGGAUGGCUGGUUGCUCUUAAUUGAAACAUUGUCCCAUGUGUCUCCAGACUUGGCUGUGAACAACCUUGCUCGAUAUGAAUCUAUCAUGGUUUCAUAUCAAAACAGACCAGUGGUAGGUAAAACAUUGCUUUGGGCUCUUGGCCAAGCUGGAAUGAGAAAUCUGGCCAUCGGAGUCAAAGUUUGGCAUGCGAUUUAUUGCCCCAGGUCUGAGACAAAAAACUACUCAAAAAUUGUUAUUGGCCACUUUUGCACUAUGAUCCAAGUAGCAUCAACGAAAAGCAAGAACGUCGCUGACAACACCAUUAAUAUUGAGAAAUACCGAAACUUCCUUCAGCAGCUCACUUCAAAACCACUCAUUGACCACCCUCUGACUGAUCCAGCCUUCAAGUCCUUACAACUGCUUGCUGUAAAGACAAUCAGCCUGUCUGUUAUUUUUGAGGAGCUCUUCAACCAGUUUGAGGGAAGUCACUUUGUUGAUGGUGACAAAGCUAUGAAGCAGGUUAUGGAAGGAUUGACAUGGUGCCUUAAAAAAGACGCAAAGGAGGCUGGUCUCGCGUGGAAUACUAUUUUGGGCAACAAAAGUUACUCAAAAGCCUUUGAAACAACGUAUCAGCUCUUAAAGCAUAUCCAAUCGUCCUGGAACAAGAAUAACAAAGACCUGGAGAACUUGGCUUCUGACGGAAGCUUCAGAGAGGGAUUUGAGUCUGCCCUGAAAAGUGUCCAGAAAAAGUGUGAACCCCUGCAAGAUAACACCAAGGUGCCUGCUAAACAAUGCAUCCAGAUUUCUCAGAGCCUCGUCAAUCGCCUUAAGAAGAUUCAAAUUGAAAGCUCCAGCAAAAUGAGUGGAUUCCCUUGGAAGACUGCAAAUCUGAUUCUCAUCAUAGCCAUUUCCUCAAUUGUGGCGUAUGAUGUCAAGAUUCAUGAUGGAUUUGAACAGUCCAGUACAGGAAUUUUCCUAAAAAAUAUUGGUGCUCUUCACUAUGGAGAAAUUGCGUUGAACAAAACCAGAGAAUAUUACCAAGUCGCCUACAAAUGGAGCGAAAAGGAGAUUCCUCCUGUUUGGAACAAGUAUGGAGCUCCAACUUGGCAGGUUGCAAGAGAGCAGAGCCUCAAACUUUUUGAAGCUUCUAAAACUUUAGCUCUUAACAUUUCCAACUGGGCUUCGGAAACAUGGCCAAAAGUGGUAUCAACGAUUGACGAGUACGCCCCUGGUCUGACAGACAAGGUUGCCGAGUUUGGCAAGAUAGGCUGGCAAUACACAAAAGAGUUUGGUCAGAUUGGAUAUGCAUACACCUUGGAUGGAGUUUCGUGGGUCAACAAGAAUGCUUUUGGUGGCCAACUUUCUGCCGAGUACUUUUCUCAAAUGUCUAGUGCCGCCUACAACGCUUCGCACGCAUUAGCAGUGGAAACAUACCAGUGGAUCUCGCAGAUGGUCUUGCCUCUGAAAUCAAAUGCUGUCCCACCAGUAAAGAGUUCAUAAUCGAACACAUUCCCUGGUUUGAGACCCACCUUUUGAAAUUCAAAUUCAAUCUCGCCUAUAUUGCCAUUGGUUUUUUUUUAUUAUUUUUU